GAGGGGUAGUGUUGGGUGUGCCUGUGAGGGGUAGUGUUGGGUGUGCCUGUGAGGGGUAGUGGUGGGUGUGCCUGUGAGUGGGCAGGGGCUUAGUGAGGGUGUGGGAGCGUGUGAGGGGGAGGGUGAGCGAGAGUGUGAGGCAGAAGGAGUCAGGGACGGUUAGUGAGUGCGGGUGAGGGACAGAGUGUGAGCCAGGAGAGGGAGCAGGAGAAUGGUUGAGAUCUGGCCCUGAGCCAUGGCGCUGAGCCCUGAGGAUGAGGACGAGCAGGAGAGCGGGCCUCCAGCACCCCCGCCAGCUGCUGGCCCUGGAGGAGGAGGCCAGGCCAAGGGCAAGGCGAAACCCAAAGCCCCAAUGUCCUCCAGCAAGGCGGCGAGUGGGGCACGGCGCCGACGAACUCGCUGUCGCAAGUGCGAUGCCUGCCAGAAGACAGAGUGUGGGGAGUGCCACUUCUGUAAGGACAUGAAGAAAUUCGGGGGGCCCGGACGCAUGAAACAGUCCUGCAUGCUCCGGCAGUGCACAGCGCCUGUACUCCCUCACACGGCCGUCUGCCUGAUGUGUGGGGACGCCGGUAAGGAGGAGUCUGUCGAAGGCGAGGCCGAGAAGUUCAAGCUGUCGCUGAUGGAGUGCACCAUCUGUAAUGAGAUUGUCCACCCGGGCUGCCUGAAGGUCUGCGCGGCGGAUGGAGUCAUUAAUGACGAGAUUCCCAACUGCUGGGAGUGCCCCAAGUGCCAGCUCGAGGGUAAAACUGGCAAGGAGGGGAAGGAGCAGCUGGAGGUGAGUGGGAAGCGCCGAUCAGAUGGUGAGGAGGGGCCUCGCUGGAAGCUGGAGGAGGGCGGCCGGGCCAGGCCUGAGGAUUACGCAGCUGGGCGCAAGAAGAGGAAAGAAAAGGAUGGAGUGCUGGAGGCUGGGCCCAAGAAAAAGAGGCUGAAGAACACCCGGGGGCCAGAGGGCACGGCGCUGAGCACAGAGAGGACCCACCAGCGCGAGAAGCUCGAGCACUUCAAGAGGAUGUGCCAGAUGCUGGAGCGUGUGAACCCGGCCCAGAGCUCCAGCUCUAGCUCCAGCUCGGACUCGGACUCAGACUCCCAGGGUUCGGAGGAAGAGGAGGAGGAAGAGGGAGCGGAGGAAGAGGAGGAGGAGAGCAGCGACGGUGGAGGCGGGGCUUCCGGCACCAACGGCAGCUCCCGUCGGCCACGCGACCAUCGCGUGACAGCAGCCUCCCUGCUGGGCUUCAGCGAGAGUGAGGAGGAGGAACAGGAGGAGGACGAGGGAGCCGAGGAGGAGGAGGAGCUGGCGGAUCACUCCCACCGACCGGCCCCCUACACCGCGUCCCGCAACGGCAAGGCCAAGGGGCGCGAGCCCUGGCAGGGCAAGGAGAACCAGCACGCUGCUCGCCACCCACGGGGCCGGGCCCAGUCCGGCCGCAAACCCCCCAGAACGCCCGGCGCUCCUGGCCUGCGAGUCGCAGCCCGCACCCAGUUCCUCAACCGGCCCCCGGUCUGCUCGCCGCCCCGGCCCCUACUGAUGGAGCGCCAUGUGGUGAAACCGCCUCCUGACAGCCCCGAGCCCGACUCACUGCCCCUGGAGACCGGCGCCGACCAUGUCCUGCAGAGGCACGCCUGGCUCGCUGUCUUCCGUUACCUCAGCCACCGGGACUUGUGCGUCUGCAUGAGGGUGUGCCGUACCCUCAACCGCUGGUGCUGUGAUAAACAAUUAUGGACCAAGAUUGACCUGAGCAGACAGAAAUCGAUCACACCAGCCAUGCUGAGUGGGAUUAUCAGGAGGCAACCCAUUACCCUGGACCUCAGCUGGACCAGUAUCUCUAAGAAACAGCUCAUGUGGCUCAUUAACCGGCUGCAGGGCCUGAAGGAGCUGAUCCUUUCCGGAUGUUCCUGGUCCUCCGUUUCUGCUCUCUGUUCGGCCAGUUGUUCUUGCCUGAGGCUACUCGACCUUCGCUGGGUCGAGGACGUGAAGGACUCACACCUCCGUGAACUCGUCUCCCCUCCGAGUGACACCCGGCCAGGUCAGAACGAGCAUCGAGGGAGGCUGCCAAACCUGUCGGAGCUGCGGCUCGCUGGCCUGGACAUCAAUGAUACGUCACUGCGCCUCCUGGUGCGACACCUCCCACAGCUGACCAGUCUGGAUCUCAGCCACUGCCCGCACGUUGGAGACCAGUCUGUCAACCUACUGACCGCUGCCAACUCCCAACUCCGGGACAAUCUGACUGAGAUCAAUCUGUCGGACUGA